AUGCCAAUGCUAAGUAGGCAGUAUAGCGGUUCUCAAUAUUUUGGAGAGUCUGGAGGCUAUUUGCAUCUUGCUGUCGAACGAAAGCCUGGUAGUCAUUUAAAAUUUCUGAUUUACAAAAUGCGAGUGGAUUACUCACAUUGGUUCAUCAAGAACCGUAUUGAUCUUGAAGCCGAAAUGCGAAGUAUCAACCUUAAACCUCUUUAUUGCGAUUAUGAUAUUUUUUGUCUAGCUGUGCGCUCUGAUAAGGAGAAAGGAGAUUCAAUGGUUGCAGUACUUGAAUGUGGUACAACACCAUAUUACAAUUUCACGGAUAAGGAAAUGGAAGUGCGGGCAAAUGGUCCUAAGGCAAAUGGAUAUCGGUACAAUAUUGCAAGGUUUCGGGGCAGUGAAUUCUUUGAGACCCUCUCUUGUGUUUAA